AUGGCUACACCGUGGAAAGAUGAUAAACCCCCAGGGCAGAGUCCAGCUGUCGCUGCUCGCUCGUCAAAGUCCAGGGCUCCGAAUCACCACGCUCACUCCAUCCUGGCGACCGGCGAGCCCGUUCAAGAAAGUCGCUCUGCUCUCAAAUCAGGGACGUCUCAUUGUCCCUCAAAACGCACUGGGAAUACUCAUCAUCUGCCGGUGUCUCGUGUCAAGGCCGGUGAGAACAUGUAUACGCCGCCGCGGGCCGGAAGUGAGGCUUCCUGGCGGACUGAGCAAUCGCCCAGUCGCACCGAAGCCAGAACACCUUCGCGACAGUGCCAGCAAAGGGAGAGCGCCACACCCACCUUGACCAAUCCGGCUUCCUCUCUGCUGCAGGAUCUUCUCAAGGAACAGCGUGCCCAUCGCAACUCACGCGGAACACUGGCCGACGAUUGGAACGAGCGUGAGCUCCGGACCCCGGACGGCUCACGCAGCCGCGAGGACUCUUCGUCAGAAAAGGGACGAGUAACUAGCGAGCUCCCCGUGGAUGGGCAGCGACAACCGAAAGAAAUGGGGAUGAGGGAGAUGGAUCAGUAUGUCUCCAAGAUGAAUAAGCUGAAUUUCGACUUAAAGCUUGAAAUACAUCACCGAUCCGAGCAAAUGAAGCAAUUGCGGGAAAAGGUUCAGCGCAUGGAGGAAAUGGAGGCAGACCUGCUACGAGUGCAUCAACUCGAAGAAGAAGUGCAAGUGCUUCAGAAUGUGAAGAGAGAGAAUCAGCGACUUCACGAGCAGAACGAACUGCUGUGCCGUGAGCUCGACAAGCGGAACCUGGCGGUCACCGAAGCAGUCCAACUCAUCUGUCAGCUGGAGGCCAAACUGAAUGCCUUUGAGACAGAGCAACGGACUCCUCUGAACUCGUCCAGUCGGCUGGUACUGGACGGUCCAAAUGCGUCCACUCCCAGGAACCAAAUUGUGAUCGAGAUACCUGAGCGAACAUCAUCUAAGCGAAGUUCCACCGCUCUGAAUCGAUCCAUCCGAUCACGUUCCACCGAACUUCACCAAGUCACCAAGACCCCAUCUUUCCUUCGCGAGGCCAACCAGAGCACGUUGACAUUACGGAGCCUGUAUGCCCCGGAUAACAAUGUGUCUCACUCGGCCCUGAGUGCUAUGACCAGAUCAGAAAGUCGUUGCACCUUGGAGCAGUCGCCUGACUCACCUCGACUCAGCGUCUUGAGCGAAUGUAGCGAACUGAGACCUGUCGGUUUAUCUCCCGAGUGGGAUGAAAGGAUCAGGACCAAUCUUCCGCUCCGGCGAGUCUCGUCUACAACCAGCAGCGUGGAUAGUUACAUACCUCCAUCCAAAAGAGAGGAGAGACAUGACGAUCAAGUUGACCACUGGGUUGACUUGCAGCCGGAUGAACCUGAUACUAUCGUCCGACGAAGACAGAACCGAGUUGGAAAUGCAACCUCGCAAAGCGUGAAUCCGUCUUUUGGCGGAGAGCUGUAUUCCAUUAAACCAUCUCGGGGGCGCCCGCCACUAGAUACGCUCUUCGGGGGCGCUCGUCUGCCCCCAACUCCCGACACGAUGAGUACAGCCGGUGCACCCGCGCACAAGAGAUCGGAAGGGAGCAUCUCGGCUGUUCCAAGUCCUCGACCUGGGCGAGACCAGAGACAUGACAGGCAAUCUCUGGAACGCCAUCGCUCUGUAGGUGAGCUCGCUUCCCGGCAAACCUUCAAUCCCAGCGAUAGUGUACAAACGGUAUUUGGGGACACACCACGCCUCGGCACCUUCAGCCCGUCUCCCACCUUCUUACCUUAUGUUAAUGGUGCCAACCAGGUGGGAGCAGUCACCACCUUUGAGCACCCAAAUCAAGCCUUAUCCACAAGGUCUGGUGAUCCGCUGCAACCUCGCAGACAGCCGGAUACUGUCUUCUCGAUGAUGCCCCGUCAGUCUUCCUUCAAGAAACCGCGCCCGAAGUCAUUCGGCCCCGGGUCGUUUAGGCCCGCUCGAUGGGUGUCCCCGUCGUCAUCUCCCCCCGCCACGCCAACCGACUGGAUCGCCGCCGCUGCAAAGGCAAAGCACGAUGUACGGAAUAUGCCUCAGUGCAAUCCGCGAGAAGCUACCGGUCAAUUGAUUUUUGAGGACAACUCGAGCAUCGAGUCUGCCGUAUCCGAACCCGAUGCCCCGGAAGUUCCAACUCUCGAUAUGAACGCUCUGGAGGUUGUUGAAAAGUCAGUAUCGGAAGCGAUCAAGAUUACCGACUCCCCCGCCGACCCUGAAUCGCAUCCUGAUCAUCGGCGGCGAAUCAGCUUCAUGCCACGCUUUUUCCCUCGCGCCUCCACCCACAAACGUUCUCACGAAACACCAACCGCCAAUGAAGCACAGAUUGCUGAUGAUAUCGAGGAAGACGGCGCACCAUCGCCCAUCAUUCCGAAAACUCGAACUGUUGGCAACGCACGCCGGAGACCUUUAUCACUAAUAAUCACCAGCUCUGCGGAUACAAACCCUUAUAGUGUCUUGGCCAAUGAAGACUUGGGUGCACCACUCAAGCAAGAGCCUUUACACCAGUCCCUCAACGAAAACAGGCCCAAAGCCGGACCUGUCAAUGGUGCGGCAACUAUCGCCGGCCGACCAACGACGUCUCACAGCACCGAAACUCAUAAGCGUCGCGGCUCUUUGAGCAUCUUUGGGUGGGUAAAGGGCAUGACUGGCAAACGAUCUGAGAACCUGCUGUCCCAACGAGCUGAGAAGCCCAAGGCCACUGAGAACAUUGCACCAGACUCGAUACCGGAGGGCCAACUGCCCCGAGCCGAGUCUCCAACCCCUGUCAUCGUUCCUGACGAGUACUCGCUCACUGGGCCCCCGGGGCAAUUGGAUGAUCAAGGACGGCAGCUGCGUUACGUGAGCCGAUAUUCGCGCCGGGCGUGA